AGCUCAAACCGACAAUACACACAUGCUACAACUGCAUUUAAAUAACAAACGCAUUUAUCAUCACACUACUUCAAUUCAUCUGCAAAUCGUAAACGGCUGAAUUACAUAAAACUUGAUAGCUAAAAACCACAAAUUCUGCUAACCAGAGACAGAUUGCGGGUGCACAACGCCUGCAGCCUGCACAUGGAAAAAUAUCUGAAAUGGCAAAUUACAAAGUCCUCGCCAUUAUCGUUUUGCGCAUUGUUUUUGGCGUGACGGGAUCCAAGGAAGAUAAUAAUAACGACCAAGAAAUAACGAAAUUAUUUCCACCACCACACUUAUCAAACAUCCCGAUAAGUCCGUAUGAUCGACCGCAGUACAUUUUCACGGUGCAUUCUAACAAUUCAUUGUUCGCCUUUGACAUAAAUAUGGGAGGCAGUGGUGGCAUCAUUGGGAGAACAGCAUCAAAGUAUGACUCCGGAUAUCGCUUGAGCGUCGUGGUGGAAAAGAUUGUGUGUCAUGGAAGCGACAAUCACCUCGUGUUGGAGGGCCAGGGAGUUGGUGGGCACGUGACACGUUCCUUAAAGAUUUGCUUGACAGAGGACAAUAGAGAAAAUAACUGGCAGUCGGUCAACAACGUGCUGGACGACGUAAUAGUGGCGGAAGUGAAAGCUGAGGGGGAUUGGUCCGGGUUAUACGCUCAGCUUGUGGUCAACAUUUAUUAUGAGGUCGAUGGUGGGUGCAGCAACUGCAACAAGGACGAAUUCUGCUGUGGAAUCACACCAAAGAAAGACGAGAAAAAAGCUAGAUGCAUUCCGGAAAUGGGAUUUUGUAACGGGCACCCGAAUUGUGGAAUGCAUUCUAAUCUAGACGAGAGUGACGCUACAUGUUCCCCUCGUGGAGGCUGUGUCGGCUCGGAUUGUCAUUUGGCCGAAGUUGCCCUGCGGAUCGCUAUUUUGGUCGUGUUCUGUUUUCUACUUCCUCCCACACUCAUUCUGCUGGCGUGUCGAUUUCAAUCAGCUCGGAAGUGGUGUGCCGCGCUAAAUGUGAGAAUUUCCAGGCACUGUCGGAGGAGGACGACUAGGGCAAGAAAUGGGUCAGCGAGUGAAAGCAGUGCGAGGAAUAGUACAAUUCCACGUCGUUCCGAGCAUGAUUCAAGACGUCAGAUCGUGUCUGCGACGUACAAUGCAGACGAGGAUCAGCCCCCCUCGUACGAGGACUUUCUCCGGUCCCAACCUCCGUCAAUGGUGUCCGUCAGCGUCAUUCCUGUGAAGGAAGCUCCACCGCCCACGUUUGAUCAAGCCAUGAACGGAAAUUAUCCUGGUCAUGGCGGAGGAGAACACGGGGGUGGUGCUGUUAAUCCUGCUUUCGUUUUCAGCGAAGACUUAAGUAGUACUAGCAGAGAAAGCGAUAGUUGAGUAGUUGAAAUUUGGAUACAAGUGUCCAAUAGCGUCCAAUGAUGCAUGAGAUCUUCAAUUAAUGAACCCUAAUUUUUAAUAAUUUUAAUCCUAGACAGUUUACCUUUUUAGAAACAUUAUUUUUUAUUGUGAAUUGAAUCUGCGAUACAUUUGGUUCAAUCGUUUACGUUGAGCUUGAUCUUCUUUUGUCAGUUUGUUGAGCGAUUCAUCAUCAUGAUGAGUGAAUGUAUUACUUUUUUUCAUGCUAUGCGAGGGCAUAGUGCAGUUCGCUUGGUCGGUGCCUUCAGGACAGUCCCAAACUUUAAUAAAAAAAUAAAAUCUCAAUUACAUAAAUCGAUA